UUUACCACCACCACCACCACCACUGCACGAUAGACUCUCGUUGUCUUACUCAUUUGAAAAUGAUUAAGACUCAGUUUUAAGGCGUGGACUUAGCCAUCUCAAGUUCCGGCGUAACGUUCUCGAACAUUUCUCAAAAUCCCGUUAAUCUUUUUUAACCGGCUUUUCGCCAAACUGGAUUUAAACCUGGAAAAAUGACUGGACGACUACCGGCUUGUGUUAUUGACGUGGGAACUGGGUACACAAAAUUAGGAUUUGCUGGAAACAAAGAGCCCCAGUUUAUAAUCCCAUCUGCCAUCGCAAUAAAGGAAAGUGCUAAAGUUGGCGAGCAGGCGAUCAGGCGAUUAACGAAAGGAGUGGAAGAUUUAGAUUUCUUCAUUGGAGAUGAAGCGUUCCAAGCUCAAGGAUAUGCAGUCAAAUAUCCAGUACGGCACGGUCUGGUGGAAGAUUGGGAUUUGAUGGAACGAUUUUUUGAACAUUGCAUAUUUAAAUAUCUUAGAGCUGAGCCAGAGGAUCAUUACUUUUUAUUGACUGAGCCCCCAUUGAACACUCCAGAAAAUCGGGAGUAUACAGCAGAAAUUAUGUUUGAGUCAUUCAACGUCCCAGGAUUGUACAUAGCAGUGCAAGCUGUACUUGCACUGGCUGCAUCAUGGGUUUCUCGUAAUUUAGAAGAAAGAACACUAACUGGGAUUGUCGUCGACAGCGGGGAUGGUGUCACUCAUGUUAUCCCAGUUGCUGAAGGCUACGUGAUCGGAAGUUGCAUUAAACACAUUCCGAUCGCUGGGAGAAACAUUACCUACUUCAUACAGUCUCUUUUGCGAGAAAGAGAAAUCGGCAUCCCUCCCGAACAGUCAAUGGAAACGGCGAAAGCCGUGAAAGAGCGGUAUUGUUACAUAUGUCCCGACAUAGCUAAAGAAUUCGCUAAAUACGAUCAGCAGCCUAGUAAGUGGAUAAGGAAUUUCCAAGGGAUCAAUGCCGUCACAAAAGAUCCCUUCGAUGUAGAAGUCGGAUAUGAAAGGUUCUUGGGUCCUGAAAUAUUUUUUCAUCCUGAGUUCUCAAACCCGGAUUUCACUACUCCAAUCUCCGAGAUUGUAGACACUGUGAUACAAAACUGCCCAAUAGAUGUAAGAAGACCUUUAUACAACAACAUCGUCCUAUCUGGAGGUUCGACAAUGUUUCGCGAUUUUGGAAGAAGGCUGCAGAGAGAUAUUAAAAGAGUGGUCGAUGCCAGGCUAAGCCUUUCGGAAAAGCUAUCGGGAAAUCACUUAAAGCCAAAGCCAAUAGACGUCCAGGUGGUAUCUCACCACAUGCAGAGGUAUGCUGUGUGGUUUGGCGGAAGCAUGUUUGCAUCAACGCCCGAGUUUUACCAAGUAUGCCACACAAAGGAAGAUUAUGAGGAAUACGGCCCUAGCAUUUGUCGCCAUAACCCUGUGUUUGGUACAAUGACAUAGGUUCAUACAAUACAGUAUAUUUUGAUAAUGCAUUAUUUAUCAGUGCAAUUUUUAUAUAAUUCAUUUUCAUCUCUAGAAAGAGCACAAAUACAAUAUUUAUUAUUAAAUGGAUAAAAAUGAACUUUUUACAAACUGUUUGGUUUAUCGAAUAUCAGUACUGAGCUCAUCUGAAUCAUUGUACUGAGAUUAAUUACAAAAAGAAAGUAAACAUGCUACCCAUAUUACAAAAUUUCUCAUCAAUUUUGCAUUAUAAAUCAAUUAUACAUUAUGUUAAACUGUAUAUAUUGUAUAAGAAGAACAUUUUUGCCAUUUUAAUAGUUUUAUUGU